CACACUCUUAAGUUUCGUUUCUCUCAUAUACACACACACUCUUUCUUCUAGGUUUCGCUUCUCCCUGUAGCGGCUGUGAGCUCUCGUCAUGGCCGCGGUGGAGCAGUGUGACUUGUCCCUCAUGAGUCUGGAGGAUGAGCUGACCUGCAGCAUCUGCCUCAGCCCCUUCGACUGUCCGGUGACCAUACCCUGCGGACACAACUUCUGCCAGAGCUGCCUGCUCACCACCUGGACGGAGCCCUACAGAUGUCCCCAGUGUCGGACCCUCUUCCACACCAAACCCGAGCUGAAGAAAAACACGGUCCUCAGCACCGUGGUGGAGGCCUUGAACCUGAGGUUGGUCCGGAGCGAGGCGACCCGGUUAGCAGAGGAGAAAGAGAGCAAGGAAGAGCCCAUGGAAGAGCCCAAGGAAGAAGCUGUCAUACGCUGUGACACCUGUAUGGAAGCCGAGGCGGCCAACACCUGCCUCACCUGCAUGGCCUCUUUCUGCGAGGAGCACCUGCGUCCUCACCGGGAGAACCCGGUGUUCCGUCUCCACCAGCUGAUCGAGCCAGUCGGGGACCUGUUGGAGCGCUUGUGCCCGGACCACCACAAGCUGAUGGAUCUGUUCUGCAGCCAGCAUGUCCGCCCCAUCUGCAGCCUCUGUCUCCAGCAAAACCACAAAGGCUGCUCCUUCACUUCUCACGAGGAGCAGAGGAAGCUCAAAGAGUCUGAACUCGAGGGCAAGUUGGGUUUGCUGGACAAGAAGAUUAAGACGACUGAGACUAUUAUGUCUCAAAUGAACGACAACCACAACAAGCUGAAGAAUGCUGCAGCCCAAAAAAAGAAGGCAUUGGCAACUGUGUAUCAGCAGAUACGGGAAAAGUUGGUCCAAGAGGAAUGCAAGUCCCUAAAUGAGGUGGACAGCGAGCUGGAGAUUGGUCAGAAAAAACUUCAGGAUUUCACGUUGAAGUUAACUGACAACGCUGCAAAGAUGAGAAAAGCCCAAGAAGCUUUGAGCGGUCAGCUGAGUCGCUCCCAAACCAUGGCCUUUCUGAAGGCUUCAUUUAACUUGCCAAAGGCUGUGAAGUUUGAGCCUCAGGUGCCUCAAAUCAGCCUGGACUCCAGGAAGGUGACUUUAACUCAGACCUUCGCUGGAGCAUUGAAGGUGCAUCUGACAGCAAUCCUCAAACUGCCUUUUGAGGCCAGACUACAAAUAAUGAAACCAGUUCUACCAGGGCCUCCCAGGCCCUUCCAUCCACAUCCUGUACCUGGCUUUAACUAUAUGGGCCCCCACACAGGCUGGAGUUCACCCCAGUAUGCACCUAAUAUGUCACCAGGCUUUUACAUGGCUCCGCCAAUCAAUCAACCACAAAAUACAAAACGAACCAGAAAACCUCGAAGCGGGAUGGGGAAAGGGAUUCAAGCUCGAUCAAUGGAAAACCUUUUGGAUUUGGAAUUUUCGGCUGCACCUCAACUCAGUCCGAAACCAGACAAAGACCAUCCCAGAGCUGCAGGGGGAAACAAGCCAGACGUGAUCUGAUAUUAUCCAAGAAAGAUGAUCCCAACAGCAGUCCUCCGUCUGAGAAAUCAACUAGACGCCAUGGACGGUCUAAAACCAACAACUAGAUGCAGCAGCAGAUGUAUUUGCUUCUGCAGUCAGAGUACUCGCAUCUCACUACUAACCCUCUCUGUAGCAUAGAAAUGUGGAACUUCUCACUGAUUAGGACAACAGGGAAUGAUACUGAUGUGUUGCUUAAACAGUGUAUUAUUAGCUUUACUUAAAAUAAUGGAUAUAAAUGAUUGUUGUGUGAAAAGAUGGCGUAUUUAAUGAAUGAAUUAAUGAAUGAUUGAUAUAGUGUGGUUGUUUGGCAGUUGAACUCAAUGUCCAGUAGUUAUUGCAUUAUCUGUUAUCUAACAGAGUGAAAACAUAACGUCCUUGUCAGAGGUUGAUUAACAUAUUCUACUACAAUGUUAUGGUUUUGAAUCCGAUUUAAUGAAAACACAGACACACAUGGCUUAUAUAUGAAAAUAUAUAUGAGAAAGUCUUCAAACUCAAAAGACUGCUUCAUUACAUUCAGUUCAAAAUCUGUGAUUUAGCAAAUUCAGCAAACCCUCUUAUACCAUCUUUGUAAACAUCUAUGAUUGACACGAUUAAGCUUCUCAUUUCCCAGAAACAGUGUCUCUGGAUUUUCAUCUGUGUUUAGUAGAGGCCACAUCAAGCUUCUUAAGACCUUGUCAUGGAAAACAUGAAAUCAUAAAAUGUUUGACACAUUCUCA